GCGCCAGGGGCCGCGAGCGAGCCGCCACCGCGCGCCGCCAACAUGUCGCAGUUCGCGCUCAGCACCGCCUCUCCCGGACCGCACCUGGCGGCGCCACUGGCCACGUCCUCGCCGUUGACGGCCGCGUCGCCGGGCCAGAAGUGCUGCGACACGGGCCGCGUGCUGUACACGGACCCGGUGUCGGGGCACGCCGUCUGCUCGUGCCAGUACGGCGCGCCCAGCCACCUGCUGGCGUACCAGCGGCUGGCGUCUGGCCUGCCGCUCAUGUACGGCUGCGAUUCGGCCUACCUGCAGGCGCUCCAGGGCCAGGCGGCCGCAGCACCGGGCAAGGAGGGCGCCGUGCCGCUGGCGCCUCCGCUCGGCACGCCAGCCUGGCCUUACGGCCUCUACUACCCGUACGGCGAGUCGGGCCUCUCGCCCUACGGGCUGCCCGCAGGGUGA